AUGACGGAAAGAUCGUUCUCUCAGCUCCCGAUCUCUUCUUCUCACGGUGGCAGGAGGAUGGCAAACACGAGGAGAGGGAUUUUCCCGGUAUCGGAGUAUUGGAUCCACGCAAUUCCGGUGAUCGUUUUCCUCUGCUUCUUCACCCUCUGGAUCUUCUCCCACUCAGUGAGCAUUGACAUGAACGAUGGAGAGAUAAUGUCCGUGCAUCGUCUUGAGAAAUCCAUGGCCGUGAGAAACGAGUCUCAUGUCAGUUUGGCGAUUCUGGCUUCCUCUGCCGUCUCCCCUGUUUCUGCCAAUCAGAAUCUGACAGCUCUUCACAACGCAACCGAAUCGCACAAUGCAACUGCUAAGCCUGAGCUUCGUAACGUGGAAGAGAAAAAGGGGAAAAAAGAGAAGAAGAAGAAGAAGAGUAAGAAGGAAAAGAAAGAGAAAGACAUUAACAAGUCCCAAUCGGUGGUUGAAGCAAAGAAGCCACUCGCCGGCUAA